CUAGGUCCUUCAGAUUUGAGGGGACUGGCUUCUGGAUCCUACUCAAUCUUGCUGUAACGCUACGGCACGUUAUUCGGCCGUUCUUACGCCGCCGAUCAACCUCAUCCCUUCCUUUUCGUGUUUCUUCGCGCGUACUUCGUCUCGACGAAUCCAUCUUGAAGAUCUCUCCCUUUCCCUUUCAGUUCUUAGUGUUUUCCCUCACCUUCCCCAAAACUCUGGCCAUCUUGGACGCCGCAAGGAUGUCGGGCCUAGCACUUCUUAUUGCGAACACGGUGUUGAGCGGCAUCUUCAUCGUGCCGCUCCUCGUCAUAUGGGGCUUAAGCCUGUUCCUCGUCAGGCGUAGGGGCGACCCCGCUCGGAUCGGUUUCGCUUGGUUGAAGCUCCUCUUUCCCCUCGUCAUCAUAACUUUAACACUCUAUGUUGUCUCAAACGCCUUCUCUAUCCUGGAAAGUCAGACCUACAAUUCCAAAGACUUCUACCAAGCUUUCCGCGUCCAACUUCGCACCAGCGUGGCGGCAUACUUGUUCGAGCGCUGGUCCGACAUCGCGUUCUGCAUCACCCAGGUCGAAAUCGGCAUCGGCUUCCUCUACAUCCUCGCGGGGACCCGGGAUGGCCUCCAGAGGGCUGUCCGGUAUGCCACCUUCGGCUUCGGCUUCGUCAUCUUCAUCCUUAGCAUCGCCUAUUUCGCUAGGUUGAACGUCAUUUAUAACACUUACUUCGCCUACGUUGAGAGUCCGGCCCGUCAAUCAUCUGCCGGCUUGGACUAUUACGAACGCAAGUUCCUCGUGAUGCGCCAUCUUGGCGCCUCCAUGGGCAUCCUGGUUUGGAUCGCGUCCUUGUUGAUCCUCGCAUUCGCAUCUGUCGUCGUCCACAAAGUCAGGGGGCAUCCCUCUCUCCGCGAGUCCUCUGUCAUCUUGCUCGUCACCGCCAUCUUGUACUUCAUCCGAUCCCUGUAUAUCCUCGUCGCCACCGCUCUAUGGGUCCUGGGGACGGAACGCCAAUCCAAAGCCAUCGACAUCAUCGACCCGCUGCUCAGCAUCUGGCCCUUCUUCGUGCUGCUGGUCCUGCUCUUCGUGCUCGGCGUCCGCAGGCGCAAGGGUCUCUGGACGACCCAGCAGAAUUGGAUGAACGGCGCCGCGCCCGGCCAGCAACCCUACCCCCCCGGAGGCUUGUAUGCGCCGCCACCGCCGCAGAUGGGAUACCAGGCCCAAUAUCCCGGCCAGCCGAUGCAGUACCCGGCCCAGUACCCGCCCCAAUACCAGCAGCAACCGCCAAUGGGCGGCGCGUACCCGCAGCAGUACGGCCCUCAGGAGGUCUCGGCGCCGCAUGUGCAGGACCCUAGGCUGGCUGCGCAGGAGCUUCCGCCUGGUUUGCCUACUGAAAUGAAGUGAAGUGGAGGGGAGUCGGACGGAAAAUGUCGCCUUUCUCUCCUUCUUUUCUCUGCCUCUUUCUACGCCGUGAGAUAUACCAUAGGGAUAAAUGUUCUGCAUGCAGCAGGGGGUAAGCGCUUGGAUAUAAUAUUGUGCAAAGGUACAAAAAGUGUAUAUGAGAUAUAUGAUACCACCGUCUGCUUGAAAUCUAGUUCUAUAUAUC